AUGUCCAUCGCCUCCUGUCCCCUGUCACGACGGGCCCUCAUUGCUGUCGAUAUUCCUGCAAGACCACGGAGCUCACGACACUACUAUCGUCAGUCAUCCUGCAAAGUCCUCCUGCAAGAGGAUGCCGCUGGUUCUUCGCUCGCCUGUCAUCCUGCAAAAGCGGCACAGGACGCCGCCGGCUCUUCGGCCACCUGUCAUCCUGCAAAAACGUCGUCCUGCAAGAGGACGCCGCCGACUCUUCGGCCACCUGUCAUCCUGCAAAAAUGGUAUGUCGGUGUCACGUUCUUCGCGCUGACAGCCCGUCGAUCCCUGUCACUCCUCCUGCAAGAGGACGCUGCCGGCUCUUCGGCCACCUUCCUCCUGCAAGAGGAUGCCACCGGCCAGCUCUUCCGUCACCUGUCAUUCUGCAAAAGCGGCACGCGCCAGUUCCACGUCCCUUCUCGCAGCCCGUCGAUCCCUGUCAGUCGUCCUGCAAGAGGACAGCCAGCUCUUCGGUCACCUAUCAUACUGCAAAAGCGAUACGCCAGUGCCGCCUCCCUUCACGCUCACAGCCCGUCAUUUCCCUUAUCAUUCUCUGUCAGUCCUCCUGCAAACGUCCCUGAUCGUUGCCAGUUCACCUGCAACAGGAGGCCGACGCCUUUCCGUAGCCAUUCAUCCUGCAAGACGUCACCUCGAAUGCUAUCAGCGUUCCUGCAAGACGAUGUCGCCGACUUCGGUAGUCGCUCGUCCUGCAACAAAUCUGCCGCUCUGCGGUCAUCUUGCAAAGGCCUUCGUAUCUCGAAUAUCCCUGGCACUAGCCCGUAUCCGACGGCUUUUCUGCAAUAACUGUAUUCUAGCCUUGACCGGCCCACGAUGCCAGCCAUCCUGCAAAAGGUGUCUGUUGCGAUAUACCAUGACAUGCCUCCGUAUCCGUCUUCCGCGCCAUGUCGAAACCCGCAAGAUGUGCAGAGUAAUUUUAAGCUGAAGUCGCACGCGGUUGACUUAUUGCCCGUGCGCCAUCAUUAGUAGCUCAACGCCUC